AUAACACGCUGUGACGUCACUCGGUUCCGGCUUCAGCGUCGGCGUCAGCACCAUGACAACAGCAGCAGGUCGAGUGUGAGAAGCUGGGAUGUCUUGAGCUUUCUUGUUUUACCACACAUUACUGGAGAAAAUAUCACUGCAUCCAGGAUGUCUUUAUUUAAGGCUCGUGAUUGGUGGGCUUCAGUGCUGGGGGAGGGGGAGGAGUUUGACCAGGGAUGUCUGUGUGUUGGGGAUGUGGAUAACAGCGCAAGUGGAUAUGAUAAGAUUGUAGUGGGCAGUUUUAUGGGGAUGUUACGCAUUUUCUCACCUCACCCUGCUAAAGCAGAGGAGCCGAUGGAAGCUGACACCCAGCUGCUGGAGGUUCAGUUCCCCGACCCCAUCAUUCAAGUGGAGAUGGGGAAGUUUGUCUCGUGUUCAGAGCUGCUCCAUCUGGCAGUGCUUCACCCCAGGAAGCUGUCUGUCUAUGCUGUGUCAGGUACUGCUGGGAAUGUUGAACAUGGUGACCAGUAUCAGCUGCGACUGGUGUAUGAACACAACCUGCAGAGAACAGCUUGCAACAUGACGUAUGGUCCCUUCGGGGGUGUCACAGGUCAUCAUUUCAUCUGUAUCCAGUCCAUGGAUGGGAUGCUGAUGUUUUUUGAGCAGGAAACGUAUGCUUUUGGUCGCUUCCUGCCUGGCUUCCUGUUGCCCGGCCCACUGAGCUACUGCAUCCGCACGGACUCCUUCAUCACGGUCUCCUCCACACGGCAGGUGGAGUGCUACAGGUACGAGACACUGGCUGUAGCCACAGAUGCAGACACCAGACAAGACUCUGAUCAGCAGAGCAAGAGCUCAGGGAAGAGACUGACGGCGGACUGGACGCUGGUGUUAGGAGAAGAGGCUUUAGAUAUCUGUGUUCCCAACACAUCGUCAGCGAUGUCCUCCAUCUUUGUGCUGGGGGAGAGAAAUUUCUUUUGUCUCAAGGAUAAUGGUCAGAUCCGCUUCAUGAAGAAACUGGAGUUCAACCCCAGUUGUUUCUUGCCCUACGGAUCAGUUUCCGAGGGUUCCACCAACAUCCUGAUGUGUAACCAUAACAACAUGCUGCUGGUGUACCAGGAUGUGACGCUGAAGUGGGCGGCCCAGCUGUCCUGUGUGCCUGUGGCUGUACGUGUCGCUAACUUCCCGGAUUUGAAAGGGCUGGUGGUGACUCUGAGCUCUGAUGGUCAUCUCCAGUGCUCUUACAUGGGCACUGACCCCUCCUUCUUCACUGCACCUAAAGUGGAUGCCCGAGAGGUCAACUAUGAUGAGGUCGACACAGAGAUGAAAAUGUUGCAGAAGGUUAUUCGCGGGGCUACCAAAACCCAAGACAUUCUUCCGAGGGCAGAGACUGAGGAAGAGCUUACUCUGACCGCCAUAGUCUCAUCUAACCUGGACGAAGUCUCGUGCGCUGUCAUAUCUGAGAUGAAUGGGAUGCCUGUCCCCUCUGUCACAGUCAAGGUUAAAAUAAAGAGUCGUUCUGCAGUGCAGAGCCCAAAGAUGACGGUGUGUGUUCAGCCUCCUCUAGCAGUAACACAGGACCAGUUUGUGUUGGACUCUAUGGGCAGUGGCUGCGAGUUAGUGCUGAGAUUCUCAGCCUUUCUGAACGGCCACUAUCCUCCAGCGGAUUUGUGUGGAGAUAUCGCCGUGUCCUACAGCUCAGCUACAGAGCUCAACCCUGCAGGAAUCCCUCGAGUAUCUCAGUGUAAAUUCAACUUGCCUCUUCGGUUAGUGUGCUACCCCUCCUCAGCUAUCAAAAAUGCCAAGUACAAGAUCACUGUGGACACCAACAAACCUCCUGUCAACCUCAAUGAAGUCUUCCCAGAUUUCUCUGAGAAGUUGGAAAAUAAUGAGAGCAGUGCUUUGGGCUUCCAACUCAUCACAGGCUCGAGGGUCAUUGUCCUUGCCUCCAAAACAUCCCAGCGUUACAGGAUCCAGAGCGAGAGCUUUGAGGAUAUCUGGCUGGUAGCCAAGGAGCUGGUGCAUCGUUUCGACCAGCACUUUGCCUCCCUUGGAGUCAAAGACUUUCAGAACAGCUUCACUGGACCAAUUCCACUGCCUGAGUACUUUGAGACAGUGGACCACCACUUUGAGCUUCGUGUGAAUGUGCAGAAGUAUCAGGAUUUGCUGUCAGAGAGAGCCGUCCAGUUCAGGGCCAUCCAGCGCCGUCUGCUGACCCGCUUUAAAGACAAAACCCCAGGGCCACUUCAAAACCUGGACACACUGAUGGAGGGAACCUACCGCCAAGUUAUAGCAUUAGCAGAUGCAGCAGAAGACAACCGGGAGCGUUUGAUCCAAGCUUUUACACGUUUGCAGAGCGCCACUCACCUCCUCAUCCUGCUGUUGUCACUGUGGCAAGGGCUCAGCUCAGAGCAGACUGCCAUCCUGGAGGCCACACUCCUACCGCUGCUGCAGGACACACCACAGCUUGGCUGGGAGGAAAGCGUGGAUGCAGCCGUCUCCCACCUCUUAAAAACGUGUCUGUCACGCAGCCCCAAAGAUCAGGCCAUCAGCUUGAGCACCGGCCCAUUAACCAUCCCAAAAGACACAUCACGCCUGAAGAAACACAUCACGCUGCUCUGUGACCGCUUGGGCAAGGGUGGCCGUCUCUCUCUCAGCUCAGAAGCCAAUGUCCCUACAACCGUCAUGAUGCCAGCUGGAUGUGAGUCCAUUCCUGAGCCGAUAGUUGAGCAGGAGGAGGAACCACUGCUGCAGCAGGACGCCACCAAGUACAUUAAAAAGAAACAGCCAUCCAAGAGAGUCAAGAGCAAGUCAGAUUCAUCUAAAGAGUCGUCCAGAGAGAAGAAGGAGAAAGACUCUGCUAAAGAGAAGGAGUCUAAGGUGUCGUCAAAAGAGUCUAAAAAAGAAUCGUCCAAGGAAUCCUCCAAAAGAGAGUCUACAAAAGAGUCAAAGGAACCCUCAAAGGACAAGGAGCCAACCAGAGAGAAAGAGUCAUCAAAGGAGUCUGGGAAGGAGAAGACAAAGGUGUCCAGGAAGUCCUCAGUGAAGGUCAAAGAGAAGAAGUCAGAUGCAGGAGACGGUUGAAUACGUUGGCAGAAUUCUUUGGCUUUUUAUUAGUCUGUGUCUCUGUGGAAAGGUUAAUACCUCAUCCUGAUGUUUUUGCUGUAAUUGUAGAAUUGAUAGCAUAGUGGCAGGAAAAAAAACAAAUUAAAAAGUGCAUGUUUUCACUCUCUUUGAGGGCAAGUGGACAUAUAGGAGGGGUUUAUAUUUAAACUCAGCUGUCUGCCACUGCAGCAUGUAGUCUGUGUGUCCAUCGUCUCCUAUUGCUCAGAAAGCCACCUGCGCAGCCCGGCGUGACGUCUGAUCACAGGCUAAGAAUAACCACACCACCUUAUCUCUGCUGUCUGUUGGUGUGACAUUCAGAAUUCAGAGAGCUUUUCCAAUUCCAGUCCAAUUUCUGAAUUUGAGUUGAUGUAGCAAGCAGGACGCAGAAUUGGCAUUCAAACUAAUAUAGAAAGAAAUUCAUAUGGAAGUGUAGUUUUUCAUUUCAUUUAAUUUUAGGCAUGUUAUCAAAUCAACUCUAGAAUGAAUACAUUUCUUUUUAAAUUCUUAAAUUCUGAAUUUCAUUCUUGUGGGUCUACGUUUGUCUCCUUUUCUUCAUGAUGUGGGAAAGUGAGACAUGCAGUUUCUUAUAAACACACAAACUUUAUAUAGAGAGUACGAGGCCAUAGCAGUGGAUAAUCAUGUACAGACUAUUUUUGUAGUUUUCAGAUAUAUGUGGUCUUAGAAAAAAGCAAUAUAUGUAGAUCAUUCUGUCUCGUUUAUGUUCCUUAUCUGUAGAAAUAUGUUUGCAUAUGUCAGUAAUCUACCUUUACAUUGUAAAUGUUAUAUUUUAUAUUAAGAUUUGUGUUUGUUCCAUUUGUUGAAUCAAUAUUACAUUCAUACUAAUAGAUUUGAAUGUGAUCCUUUGGCAUCAGCUGUGUAUUCUGAGGAUGCAUUUCCCUUUAAAACUGCAACAGUAGAGAGAUCCAUCUCUCUCUUUAAAUCAAUUACACUGUCAAAUGAGGCAAUAAAAAUGCCACUCAAUAAUACAACUUAAAAAUAUUAAAAUGUACAAAUGCUCCAGUGA